GUUUGUGCGAUAGUGACUAUGUCUGGAAGAGGAAAGGGCGGUGGGAAAGCUCGCGCCAAGGCGAAGUCUCGGUCGUCCCGGGCUGGCCUGCAGUUCCCGGUGGGCCGUGUUCACAGGCUCCUGAGAAAGGGCAACUAUGCUGAGCGUGUGGGUGCCGGAGCGCCGGUCUAUCUGGCUGCGGUGCUGGAGUAUCUGACGGCUGAAAUCCUGGAGCUGGCCGGGAACGCGGCCCGGGACAACAAGAAGACCCGCAUCAUCCCCAGGCACCUGCAGCUGGCCGUGCGCAACGACGAGGAGCUCAACAAGCUGCUGGGAGGGGUGACCAUCGCUCAGGGCGGGGUGCUGCCUAAUAUCCAGGCCGUGCUGCUGCCCAAGAAAUCCGGCUCUCCUAUUCAAGGAAAAGUUCCUGUGUUUGUCACAAUGACUGGAAGAGGAAAGGGCGGUGGGAAAGGUCGCGCCAAGGCGAAGUCUCGGUCGUCCCGGGCUGGCCUGCAGUUCCCGGUGGGCCGUGUUCACAGGCUCCUGAGAAAGGGUAACUAUGCUGAGCGUGUGGGUGCCGGAGCGCCGGUCUAUCUGGCUGCGGUGCUGGAGUAUCUGACGGCUGAAAUCCUGGAGCUGGCCGGGAACGCGGCCCGGGACAACAAGAAGACCCGCAUCAUCCCCAGGCACCUGCAGCUGGCCGUGCGCAACGACGAGGAGCUCAACAAGCUGCUGGGAGGGGUGACCAUCGCUCAGGGCGGGGUGCUGCCUAAUAUCCAGGCCGUGCUGCUGCCCAAGAAAACUUCCGCUACUGGAUCUGCUAAAAAGUGAAGAGACCAUUCUUGAAUCUGACAACCCAAAGGCUCUUUUAAGAGCCACUCACAGCAUCUGUGA